AUGUCCCAAGCAAGGAUCAAGAGACCUGACGUUUCCGUCAGAGACAAGAAAUUAGAUGUUUACAACACCCAAUUAAAAAAGAUCGAUGGUGAAAUUGCAGUCCUACGUAAGCAGAUUGAUCAAAACCAAAUUUCUGAUGUGACUCAAAAUGAGAGAAAGAAGUUACAAGAACAAACCAGAGAAAUUAUCAAGACCCAGGCAGAUCUCAAAAGUCGUAGAAACGCUAUACACGAAAGAGUUAAGCAAUUAGAUGCCAAUAUCAAACGUAAGACUGGUGAAAUCAAUGAAAAAUUGGGUCGUAAGGCCAAAUAUUCUACUACUGCCGAAGUCAAACAGAGGAUAAAUGAAAUUGAAGAAGCAAUUUCAUCUGGUGAUUUGACUUUAGUGGAUGAAAAGCGUCUUGUUAAGGAAAUGCAAGCUUUGAACAAAUUGAACAAAGAUUUAGUUGCUGUGGAGCCAGUUAAGAAGUCUAUUGAAAAUGAUAAGCAACAAAUUGCAUCUUUGAAGGAAGAAUUGAGUCAAUUGAACCCUCGUGAAGUUUCUGAUAAAUUUGAACAAACUCAAGAGAAAUUGAAUUCUCUACAAUCCAAGACUCAAGGUGUCUACGAUAAACGUCAAACCUUGUUUAACAAGCGUACUGCAUUGUACAAGAAGCGUGAUGAAAUCUAUGCCCAAAUUAAGAAGAUUAGAGCUGAUUUUGAUGGUGAAUUUAAAGCCUAUAAGCAAAAAUUAGAGAAGGACCGUUUGAAACGUGAAGAAGAUCAAAAAUUGUCUAAAUUGCUAGAAGAAAAAGACGCAAAAUUGGGUAAAUUACAAGAGAAAUUGGCUCAUGCUAAAUUGCCAGCCUUUUCCUCUGAAAUUGGUACCAUUGAGAAUGCUCUAUUUGUCUUAGAUCCAACUUACGAAAAGCCUCAAAGAAAAUUGUUUGAUGACGACAAGGACUCCAAACCUGCCCAACCUGUUAAAAAGGUAGACGACGCUGAUUUAGUUCCUAUCAACAAAAAGGAUGACAUUUCCAAUACGGAACCUUCUAAGUCAAAGAAACUUAAGAAGAAACAACAAGGCCAACAAGCUAACGGUGGCUCAGUCAACACCAACCAUGAUUUUACUUUGGAACCAACCUUGAUUGCAGCAUUGGCGGAAUUGGAAGUUACUGUCCCUAUCUCCCAAGAUCAAGUCUCUACUACAGUCGAUCAAUUGAAGGAAAAAUUGGAAAGCUACACUUCCAAGCAAGAUGAGCAAACCGAAAAGAACAUCGAACAAGUCGAAAAGCAGAUCUCUCAAUUGGAAACUGAUUACUCUGAAAAGGAGAAACAGGUUAAGGAAGCUCUAGAGGCUAAAAGAGCUAAGGAGCAAGAGGAACAAAAGGAAAAUGCACAAUAA